CUGGACACGAGACGAAUCGAAGCCCAGGGGGGUGAUGAGCUGUCAGUGGUGUACUCACAAAAUGAGGGCGAAAUGCGGAGGACGGGUUUGAGAUGUGGUAAUUCGAAGAUGUUGGGUAAUGUUUGGGCACAAUGUAUUGAUAAGUGCCAUUCGAAGACUCUAAGGCAGCUGCUUCAUUCGCAUGCGCGUCUUGUGUCGAUAUCUGAAGUUAAAGGUGGUUUUGUGGCUCACAUUGGAUUUCUCGACAAAAGCAUCAAAGCCCGAGCUGAAGGUUUCCUCAGCAGCAUCACAAACUCGUUCGAAAUUGUCCUACGUCACAAUGUGGAGGUCCAAAUGAUCCUAUUGCCCGACUCUUUCAGUCAAAAACACACGGACACAAACAAAAACACAUCAUCCCUCUCUGAAAUACCCGAAACCCGUCAAACCAGGCCCGUUGGGCCCAUUUCCGAAAUUCCAAACACGAGCACGGCCAAGUCAGAAAAGUUUCCUGGGAAAAGAAUCGAAUCAAUCAUUCACGAGCAAAGACUGGAGACAGCUUGGCUGCAGGCGGUGGACAGGGGCACUCCCAGGUCAGCUGGGGCCCGUUUGAGGCCCGAGAGGAAUCAAGUGCUCCCACAAGAUGGGAUGAAUGAAUCUGGGCCGUUGGAUCGUGUGGAGCAGUGGGAGGAUGAUUUGAACCGUGAGAUCAAGGCCUUGAAGGUUAAUGAAGGAAUGGUGAGCCCACACAAGGAUCAGAUUGUUGCUAGGAGGGUGGAGCCCAGCUUUUUGCAUAAUAACAGCUUCACUCGAGAUAACAUGUGA